AUGCAAAGUGCUUCAAACUAUUCAAAGAAGCUGGCUUCUGGUCCAGGAGCAAAUAUCUACCACGAUGAUAGAAUUAGUAGAUUAAGCCAGAGACUAAAUAGUAUUCACAAUGGAUUAGAUAUAGACAGAUCUGCAAAACAUCAUGAUAAGUUAGCAGAGAUGGAAGCUAACAUGAAAAGAUUUGAAGAGGAAAUAAACAGAAAGUACGAUGAAGGAAUGAGAAAGGUUAACGAAUUAAAAAGUACUUUAAUGAGUUUAAAAUCAGAAAAUAGAGAGGUAUAUUCGUCAUACUAUACAGAUCAAGAAAUUAAGACUAAUUCUAUGGAAAACCAAAACUACUUGAAUUCUAAAAGUGAGAUUUUAAAUGUAGAAAGGCGUCUUAAUGAACUACUUCAAAGUGAAAUAUUUAGUAGAAAGUCAAUGGAACAAAGGCUUAUUGAAAUUAUUGAUGACAGAAUGGAACGUCUUAGAAACGAAAUCUCCAAAAAGGAUAUUGAAAGAGAAGAAUUGGAUUCUUGUGUUAAGAGAUUUGUAGAAGUAGAUAUUGUUCGUCUUGGUAAUGCAAUUAAAAAUGAAGUUGAAAAGUGUCAAACUAUUGAGAACAAUUUAUUAUCUCAAUUAAAAGAAGAAAUUGAAAGACUUAAUUGCCUGAUUAAUGAUGAAGUUAAUACAAGACAGCAAUCUAUUGAUACUUUAUUGGAUCUUAUGGAAAAUUUGGUACAGCAAAUCACUAUUGACACCAGAAAUGAACGAUCAGAGAGACAAAAUUCUGAAGAUACAUUACUCAAACUUCUUGAGGAAUCUCUGAAUAGAAUUCAACAAGCUACAUCAAACAUCAUCAAACUCUGA